AUGGUCGAACUUCUAAUUUCACAUGGUGCAAAUAUCAAUGAAAAAAAUAAUAAUGGAUUCACUGCUCUUCAUUAUGCAGCAAAGAAUAAUAAUAAAGAAAUAGCCGAGCUUCUUAUUUCGCAUGGUGCAAAUAUCAAUGAAAAAAAUAAAUGGAGAGAAACCGCUCUUCAUUAUGCAGCAUACAAAAAUUGCAAAGAAACCGUCGAACUUCUUAUUUCACAUGGGGCAAAUAUCAAUGAAAAAGAUUAUUCUAAUUUUACCGCUUGUCAUUAUGCAAAAUGGAAUGAUAAUAAAGAAAUACUCCAACUUCUUGUUUCUCAUGAUGCAAUGAUAUGA